AUGGAGUCCAGACUGCGCCGACUGAUUGACUUGAGGUACGACCCGAAGGGGACCGAGCUGCGGAAGACGUCGAUCAUCGGCACGAUUGGCCCCGCGACGAACUCGCCCGAGAUGAUCACGGACCUGCGGAAGGCCGGGCUGAACAUUGUGCGGAUGAACUUCUCGCACGGGACGCACGAGUACCACCAGAGUGUCAUCGACAACGCGCGGAAGUCCGAGGAGAUAUACCCGGGAAGACCGCUCGGGAUUGCCCUGGACACAAAGGGCCCCGAGAUUCGGACCGGCACCACCGUGGGGGAGCAGGAUCUCCCCCUGCAGAGGGGCCACGAGAUGCUGUUCACCACGGACGAGCAGUACGCGAAGAAGUGCGACGAUAAGGUGAUGUACCUGGACUACAAGAACAUCACCAAAAUGAUCAAGCCGGGGAAGGAGAUAUUCAUUGAUGACGGCGUGCUCUGCUUCGAGGUCAAGGAAGUGGUAGACGAACGUACUUUGAAGGUGGUCUCGUUAAACGCGGGGAAGAUUUCCUCAAGGAAAGGCGUGAACCUGCCCGGGACCGAUGUCGACUUGCCCGCCAUGUCUGAGAAGGACAAGGAGGACCUGAGGUUCGGGGUCCGGAACAAAGUUAACAUGAUCUUCGCGUCCUUUAUAAGAACUCCACAGGAUGUGAUUCACAUCAGGGAAGUGCUGGGCGACGAGGGGAAAGAGAUCAAGAUCAUCUCCAAGAUCGAGAGUCAACAAGGUGUAGACAAUUUCGACGAUAUCCUAGAGGUUACAGAUGGUGUUAUGGUCGCAAGAGGCGACUUGGGGAUUGAAGUCCCAGCGCCAGAAGUGCUCGCUAUACAGAAAAAGCUGAUUGCCAAGUGUAACUUGGCAGGCAAACCGGUCAUAUGUGCGACGCAGAUGCUCGAAUCGAUGACGUUUAACCCACGGCCCACCAGAGCAGAAGUCUCCGAUGUGGGUAACGCGAUCUUGGACGGUGCCGACUGUGUGAUGCUUUCCGGUGAAACAGCAAAGGGGAAGUACCCGAUCAAUGCGGUGAAGACCAUGUCUGACACAGCGCUGAUCGCAGAGGAGGCAUUCCCCUACGUGCCCCAUUUUGAUGACGUUACUGCGUGCACGCCGAAGCCUACGUGUACCGCAGAAACUAUAGCGGUCGCCGCCGUGUCUGCAACGAUUGAACAGGACUCGAAGGCGAUCGUCGUACUUUCCACGUCCGGUGGGACCGCCAGAAUGCUGUCGAAGUACACGCCGCAUUGUCCGAUCAUCCUGAUCACGAGAAAUCAAAACACAGCAAGGAUAGGGCACCUGUACAAGAAUGUAUUCCCCUUCCACUAUUCUCAAAAGGCGUUGGACGACUGGACCGAGGAUGUCCAUCUAAGAAUCAAGUACGGCAUCCAAAAGGCCAAGGAGUUCAACAUGCUGGAAACGGGCGACACUGUAGUCUCGAUCCAGGGGUUCAAGUGCGGUGUCGGUCACUCGAACACUUUGCAGAUCUUGGUUGCGGAAUAA